GAAGAGGAGAAAGAAGCCAAUCAACACGCGACUCAGACGGAAGGGACAUAUUUUGAAAACUGUCAGUUGAGGGCGAACGUAUCGUCAGUUUUCGGUGGUAAAAAAAAGGAUAACCUUCCUAGCAUCAUAACCAAGAUGGAAGAAGAUGAUCAUACGGACAGAAUGCAGAGACUUGCCAUGGUUUGUCAAAAGCUUAACAAGAUUAGAAAACAUCUAAAUACAGAUCAUGACACUGACAAUAUUAACCAGAUCAUCAGCUCAACGUCGUCUGAAGCUUGUCUGUCAUAUAUGAUAGAUCUGGAGCAAAAAGGGGACCCUCACUCGGAUCCUAACCAUCUCACUCGGCUCCUCAGUUUUUAUACCAGAGUGUUCUCAAAUUUGCCACUCGGAUUACACUGUCAAAAUGAGAGCUAUGCCAGGAUGUUGGUCAGAUUUGCAGAGUUGAAAGCAAUUCAAGAUGUUAAUGAAGCUGAGGCCAACUUUGAUGUGGCAAGAUCUCAUAGCCAGAACUUUGCAUUUGUCCACAUUGCACAUGCAGAGUUUGCACAUUCUCAAGGCAACACAAAGAGAUCCAUGUACAUACUGCAUAAUGCAAUUGAACUUGGUGCCGAACCAAAGGAACUGCUCGAGGUUGCCUUGCAGAGGUUUCAGGCAGAGAAAAAUCCAAUUUUUCCCUCAGAAGACAAGGAAAAUGACCCAUUAUUUUUCAACAGUACUGCACGUGAUGUCAAAAAAAGCUCAGAGAUCCAGAAGAUGAACAGGAAAUCAGAUGGGAGCAGUUCAUUGCAUCUGUCAAGCAUUUUCAAUUUAGGUGAACUUCUCAGUUCAGAUGACCAGCUGCAGAACUGGAGGAGGUCUGCAUCUCAAUGCAAGAAUUUGCCAGGCAGAGUUCCCAAUGUUCUUUUCUCCGUCCCAGAAAAGGAUGGCGAUGGAGAUUACUUUGAUGGGAGCCCAUCAAACAGCAGUGAUGGAUCAGUCAUAAAGAAUUUGUUCAGGCAAACAUCUGGUUCAAACGUUAGUACAAACCUUGGGCUUCUCUCGUCAAAGAAAGCUGCUGUUGAUGACUGCUUGGCCAGCUUUCCGACACCAGCUGUUACUCCAGAAAGUCAACCUUUGCAAGACCAGGCCUCUGUGGAGUUCACGACCACUCAUCUUUAUACACAUGAUAUGAAGAAUACCCUGAAAUUGGAUGAUGUAACUUACAAUUUUGAGCAAGUCCUCAUUUCAAAUUCCCCUGAGUCAUGUUGGAUUUACCUGAUUAACCUAGAAAAAAGAGGCAACCCUCAUACAGACAUCAACCUUCUUAAUAAACUCAAGGAUUGUUAUUCUAAAUUAUUUUCAUGUCUGCCGAUAAGACAGUACAGCAAGAACUCCAGCUAUGCAAGAAUACUGAUCAGAUAUGCAGAACUCAAGGCCAUUGAUGACCCUGAUGAAGCUGGAGACCAUUUUGUAGUUGCAAGAUCCCACUGUAAAGCCUUUGCAUUUGUCCAUGUAGCACAUGCUCAGUUUGAGGCUUCCCAAGGAAAUGUGAUCAAGGCGAAUUCAAUACUGCUCAAAGCCCAAUCAUUAAAUGCCAAGCCAGCUGAGCUGCUGGAGGUGGCCCUGCGGAACCUGAAAGCUGGAAAGAAACAACUUGUUUCCACCAAGAAGGAGCAGCUCUCCAUCGUGCCGCAGCUUCCUGCUAGGGUUGCUGUGAACGAAACAGUGGAACAACCCAAACCUGCCAGCAAGGAAAGUGUAUCAGUUGGAGAAUGGAAGAUGCCAACACUGAAGGAUACAUGUCCAGAGGUCCAAUGUAUAACUCCACCUGAUUCCAAACCAGUUCCUUGUGGGUUGAAAUCCAUUCCGACUCAAUCUAGGCCACUUCCAUCGAAAUUAGAUCAACAGACUCCAAACGACUACAGAAACCCAUGUGCUAAUAGCUCUGUUACUCCUAUUGUAAAGAGAGACCCUGCGGUGUUGUAUUCAUCUGCAAUAGUAGCACACAAAGGUGGACCUGUUCAACAGCCAUGCAGACUUCUGAACCCAAUAGAUGGUUUUCAUACUCAACAGCAGGCUUCCAUCACGUCACUGUCAAAUGAAUCCAUUAUCAUUAAAGAGAAGCGGUUCUUCAUUCUUAAAAUGAUUGGACGAGGUGGAUCCAGCAAGGUGUACCAGGUUUUGGAUGAAAAAAAACAGUUGUUUGCAGUGAAAUAUGUAAACCUUGAGGAAGCAGAUGCUCAGACUGCGGAAAGUUACAAAAAUGAGAUUGAACAUCUGAACCACUUGCAGCAAUACAGUGAUCAAAUUAUAAAGCUCUAUGACUAUGAAAUAACAAACAACUACAUUUAUAUGCUGAUGGAGUGUGGUAACUUAGAUUUGAACACUUGGUUGCGGAACCGAACGACUGUCAAUCCACUUGAGAGGAAGUUCUACUGGAAGAACAUGCUAGAGGCUGUCCACACUAUCCACAAACAUGGCAUUGUCCACAGUGACUUGAAGCCAGCAAAUUUUGUCAUUGUAAAUGCAUCACUGAAGCUAAUUGACUUUGGCAUUGCAAACCGUAUCCAACCAGAUGUGACAAGCAUUGUGAAGGAUUCCCAAGUUGGAACCCUGAACUAUAUGCCGCCUGAGGCCAUUAAAGACACUUCAUCCCAGCAUGGAAAAGGAUGCUCAAAAAUCAGUCCAAAAGGUGAUGUGUGGUCCCUUGGAUGUAUCCUGUACUGUAUGACAUACAGAAAGACUCCAUUCCAAAGCAUCACCAAUCAAAUCACCAAGCUGCAUGCAAUCAUCGAUCCCUGCUAUAAGAUCGAAUUUCCUGAUAUCUCAGAGAAGGAUUUGCUGGAUGUGUUGGAGAGGUGUUUGGUCCGAAAUCCGAGAGAGCGAAUAUCCAUUGUAGAACUGCUGGAGCAUCCAUAUCUGCAACUGAAGCCACCAGGAUCUCCGGAGCCAGAACGUCCAUGCAACAGUGAUCUCAAAAAAAUCCUAACAGACCUCGCAGCCCUCCAGUCUCCCAACACCAUCAUCAGAGCUGCUAACAAUUUGGCCAAAAUGUGCAACAGCGGCAGGAAGCUGGAUGUGGCAGAGUGUGCUAAGACAACUUAACAAUCUAGAAAAAGAAAUGUAAAUGUUUGCUUUUUUUUUUUUUUAAUAUGUUGAUGCAGUAAAAAUGUUACAUACUGCAAGAUAGAACAGAACUACAGUACACUUUUUUUCCUUGUAGCAAAAUUGUUCGCCCACAUCUUUUCAUCAUUGCCAAGUCCUGUUAUGUAUAAAUCAUAAAUAAACUUGGUGUAUCCUCAGGA